UUGACGCAACUCUACAUGGCGCUUCCCUCCCCUCCCCUCCUCUCCCCCUCCUUCUCUCCCUCCUUCUCUCCCCUCCUCUGGUUGAAAGGUGUACUAUCCGGAAAUACCAGGAUAAAUCUAAAGGAACAGAAAUGGAUGAUACAACGGCGUUGUGUGAGAGCCUCGUCAUAUGGUUGCAGACCUUCAACACAUCAGCACCAUGCAGGACAACAGAGGAGCUCACCAGUGGAGCAGCCAUGUCCCAGGCUCUGCAUCAGAUAGACCCAGCCUGGUUCACUGAGGCCUGGCUCAGUCGCAUCAGAGAAGAUGUGGGAGACAACUGGAGACUGAAGAUGAACAACCUGAAGAAGAUCCUGCAGAUGAUUCUGGACUACUACAGCGAGGUUCUGGUGCAGGAGAUGGCAGAGUUCCCCCAGCCAGACCUUGCCCAGGUAGCGGAGCACAGUCAUGUUGGCCAGCUGGGACGACUGCUGCAGCUCAUACUGGGCUGCGCUGUCAAUUGUGAACGCAAGCAAGAGUACAUCCAGAUCAUCAUGACCCUGGAAGAGUCUGUACAGCACGUUGUCAUGACAGCCAUCCAGGAGCUGAUGAGGAAGGACUCUGUGGUCCAGUUUGGGUCCCAGCCCCCUGGAGACCUGGAGCUGCAGCUGAAGACGGCCCAGGGGGAGCUGGUUGAGAUGGGAGCAGAGAAGGAGGAGCUUGCUCAGCGCUGCCAGGAGCUGGAUGUGCAGGUGACGGUGCUGCAGGAGGAGCGGAACAGCCUAUUGGCUGAGAACGACGUUCUGAGGGACAGAGCCAAUCAGCUGGACUCGUUUGAUGAGCCCGGCACCCCCUCCGGCAAGAAGCACUCGCAGCUGCAGAUUCAGCUGGACACUUUGCAGGAGGAGAACUUCAGGCUGGAAGCGGCUAAGGAUGACUACCGUAUCCACUGUCAGGAGCUGGAGAGGCAGCUGGUGGAGACCCAGCAGCGCAACAAUGACCUGACCAGCUUGGCGGAGGAGUCCAGGGCCCUGAAGGACGAACUGGACAUCCUCAGGAGCUGCUCUGACCGGGCGGUGCAGCUGGAGGCGAGCGUGGAGUCGUACAGGAGGAAGCUGGAGGAGGUGGGGGACCUCAGGAGGCAGGUGAAGCUCCUGGAGGAGAGGAACAACAGCUACAUGCUCAACACCGUCAGCCUGGAGGAGGAGCUGCGCAAGGCCAACGCUGCCCGCACACAGCUGGAGACCUACAAGAGACAGGUCCAGGAGCUCCACAGGAAGCUGUCAGAGGAGUCGCGGCGAGCAGACAACCUAGCGUACGACAUGCGGAAGUUUGAGGAGAAACAUGACGCCUUGAUGAAGGAGAAAGAGCGCAUCAUGGUGGAGAGAGACUCCCUGAAGGAGACCAAUGAGGAGCUGCAUUGCUCCCAGAUCCAGGACCAGCUUCUGCAAGCAGGGAUGUUUUCUGCUGGUAGUCAUGACAACCUCGCUUCUGAGAUGCUGCCUACUGAAUACAGGGAGAAGUUGCUCCGCCUGCAACAUGAGAACAAGAUGCUACGCAUGCAGCAGGAGCUGCAGGAGGGAGAGAGGAUCGCGGCUCUGCAGGAGCAGCUGGAGGACGCCCACAGGACCCGCUGCAAGCUGGACACUGACGACAGGCUGAGUCAGGAGCGUAUCAGGGAGUUGCAGCAGGAGGUGGAGGAUCUCCAGAAGGCCCUGCAGGAUCAGGGAGCCAAGUCUGAAGAUUCUAACUUGAAGAGGAAGCUGGAUGCCCACAUGGUGCAGCUAAACGAGGCUCAGGAUGAGAUCAUGAAGAAGAAGGAGCUUCUAGACGACCUGCAGCCUGACAACACACACACAUCUGUCCGUGUGGAUGAGCUGACAGCAGCGUUGAAGAAGAAGGAUGAGGACAUGAGAGCUAUGGAGGACAGAUACAAGAUCUACCUGGAGAAAGCUCGCAACGUGAUCCGGGCCCUGGACCCCAAGCUGAACCCUGCCACGGCUGAGAUCAUGUCCCUGAAGACCCAGCUGUCAGAGAGAGACCACAGGGUCCUCACACUAGAGCGUGAGUGUGAGCAGGCCAAGCUGAGAGAGUACGAAGAGAAGCUGAUAGUGACAGCCUGGUACAACAAGAGCCUGAACUUCCAGAAGCUGGCCAUCGAAGGUCGCUUGGCGGGCCGCACCUCCCUGGCCCCGCCCGGCCAGUCCUUCCUGUCCCAGCAGCGUCAGGUGACCAGCGCUCAGCGACGCGCUGGCUCCGUCAGCAUUCCGGCCGCCGCCUCCCAGUAGGACACGCCCCCUCCGCACAGCCAUCCUCCUGCCGGUCGCCACCGAGAGACCGAACACCAGCCCAGCCGUGUCCGUGGGGAUAGAGCACCAGCCCAGCCGUCUCCGUGGAGAUAGAACACUAUCACAAGAACGCAAACUUGUCACGCCCUUGCCCCUCCCCUAAGAGAGCACUCAAGUGACCUUAAGCACACAAUCUGUCUACACUUGAGCUAGUGGACUCUCUAAGACUAGUGGACUCUAUAGGACUAGGGGACUCUAUAGGACUAGGGGACUCUAUAGGACUAGGGGACUCUAUAGGACUAGUGGACUCUAUAGGACUAGGGGACUCUAUAGGACUAGGGGACUCUAUAGGACUAGUGGACUCUCUAGGGUUGGUUCUCCUAAGCAGAUGAUUAACUAGACAGUAAACCUUGUGUCCUCCCUGUCCACACUGAGUGGACAGGGAGGACAGACACCUCUAUGACUCGCUCUGGGGGUCUACUUCUCUGAGUUUGCUGGGACUCUGAGCAAAGGAGGCUGGGAUGUGGGGCUCCUGUCUGGCAGGAGAACUGGAGGGAUCCUAUGUGAACAUUCACCCAGGGGACACGUCCACUGUUAAUAAUAGACAAAACAGAACACUAUACACCCAGAAGUCUUAAAUCUUUAAUUUUGAAUGAGUGAAUAAAUGAGUAAAUUUCUUUUUUCAGAA